AUGGCUUCACUUGGCUUGAUCCUCUAUCUUUCCUCGAUUCUUCUAAUGAGCCUGUGUCAGCUUCCUACAGCUAUUGAAGAUGAUAGAAAGGUGUAUAUUGCUUACAUGGGAGCUCUUCCUGAAAAAGCUUCUAAUUACUCUCCUUUGUCUCACCAUCAGAAUAUCCUUCAAGAAAUUAUUGAAUUAAGUUCCGUAGAAGAUUAUUUGGUCAGAAGCUAUGGAAGAAGUUUCAACGGUUUUGCAGCCAAACUCACUGAAUCUGAAAGAGACAAGCUUGCUGGCAUGGAAGGUGUGGUUUCGGUCUUCCCAAACACCGUUUAUAAGCUUCUUACGACAAGAUCUUACGAGUUCAUGGGACUUGGUGACAAGAGCAAGCAUGUCCCUAACAUCGAGACUGAUAUAAUAGUUGGUGUGAUUGACGGCGGAAUCUGGCCUGAAUCCAAGAGCUUUUCAGACGAAGGCAUUGGCCAAAUACCCAAAAAAUGGAAAGGAAUUUGCGCUGGAGGAACUAAUUUCACAUGCAAUAGGAAAGUGAUUGGAGCACGACAUUAUGUGCAAGACUCAGCAAGGGACAAUGCUUCACACGGGUCACACACGGCUUCAACUGCUGCCGGAAACAUAGUAAAAGGAGUCAGUAUGAAGGGUUUGGCCAAAGGAACUGCCAGAGGCGGUGUGCCUUUAGGUAGAAUAGCUAUUUACCGAGUUUGUGAGCCAGCAGGUUGCAAUACCGUAUCAUUGUUAGCUGCAUUUGACGAUGCUAUUGCCGAUGGGGUUGAUGUUAUAACCAUUUCCAUUGGAGGUGCUGGUGUUCCUAAAGUCGAUGUUGAUCCUAUCUCUAUUGGAUCAUUUCAUGCGAUGACCAAAGGGAUUGUCACGACAGCUGCUUCUGGGAACGAUGGCCCUAAACUUGGAACUGCUGACAACGUUGCACCCUGGGUCAUAUCAGUGGCUGCCGGUUCAACUGAUCGAAAAUUUGUUACUACUGUUGUUAAUGGAGAUGGCAUACCCUUACUUGGAAAAUCGAUCAAUAACUUUGACUUAGAGGGACAAAAGUAUCCUUUGGCGUACGGAAAAACUGCUUCAAAUAACUGUACAGAGGAGCAAGCAAGGGGAUGCGCUAGUGGUUGCCUGAACAUGGUGCAGGGUAAGAUCGUUGUGUGUGAUACUUGGAAUAAUGUUAUGGAAUCUAGAGAAGCGGGUGCAGUUGGAACCAUUCUUCACAUAAAUAAUGUUAAUAUUCCUGGUCCUGAUCCAAUUCCGGUCGUAGUCUUAGAUGAUACCAAUUACGAAGCAUUCAGAUCUUACGUGCUCACCUCACCGAACCCUCGAGGAACUAUAUUGAGGAGUGAGACAGUUAAGGACAACGAUGCUCCGAUCGUUGCUUCCUUCUCUUCUCGUGGUCCAAACAUUCUCUUUAGCGAUAUCAUGAAGCCUGACAUUACGGCUCCAGGAGUGAAUAUAUUGGCAGCAUAUUCACCGAUGACUCCAACUGCAGUUCCUGGACAAAGCAUGGAUUACUAUUUCAUGUCCGGAACAUCCAUGGCUUGCCCUCAUGUCGGAGGUGUAGCGGCUUACAUCAAAACAUUCCAUCCUGAUUGGUCUGCUUCUGCUGUCAAAUCUGCUAUCAUGACUACUGCUUGGGCAAUGAACGCAUCCAAAAAUGCAGAAGCUGAGUUUGCAUACGGAUCUGGACAUGUUAACCCUAAAGGCGCAGUUGAUCCAGGGCUUGUUUACGACAUAUCCAAAGAGGAUUACUUAAACAUGCUCUGCUCUUUGGACUACUCAGACAAAGGCAUUAGUAAUCUCGCUGGUGGAGCCUUUACUUGUUCCAAGAAAUCAAAGCUCAGCGUGAGAGAUCUCAACUACCCUUCAAUGACAGCCAAAGUUUCAGCUUCUUCAUCUUCAGAUAUCACAUUUUCAAGAACGGUCACAAAUGUUGGGAAAAACGGAUCUACUUACAAGGCAAAAAUGGCUGGGGAUCCUAAACUCCACAUCAAGGUUGAUCCUGAAACACUCUCUUUCAAAUCAUCAGGGGAGAAGAAAUCUUUCACGGUUACAGUCUCUGGCAAGAGUCUUACGGGUAUUUCUGGUAUUGUGUCUGCCUCUUUGGUUUGGUCGGACGGAUCACACAAUGUGAGAAGUCCUAUUGUAGUGUAUACUUAAUUAGGCUUUGAUCCAAAACCGAACACAUUAG